CGCAUAUCUACCGCCUCCCCCCAUUCCUCCGGCUCCCGGGCUCCGGCCGGUAUAGCGAGACCGCGUAUAAAAGAAGCCAAGAUUAUUAGCGAGCCCCAGGCCAAGAAACGCGUCAGAGUUUGGCUCUUGAUCGGACGCCGGUGCAGGAGGGGGGGAGAGAGGAGAGAGAGAGGAGGAGGCGGAGGAAGAGGAAGAGGAAGAGGAAGAGGAGGUGAGGUCAGGGGCUGAGAGGCAGCCAGCUGCUAUACGGCCAGCCAUGGCGGUCAGGGCCGGGUUCUUGCUCGCAGCCGCGGCGUGGGUGUGGCUAUGGGCGGUGGCCGCCUCCGCCUUUGACGACGUGCCGACCGCCGCCUUCGACGAGCGGUUCUCGCCGCUGUUCGGCGACGGCAACCUCGUCCGCUCCUCCGACGACAGGAGCGUCCGCCUCCUGCUCGACCGCCGCUCCGGUUCCGGGUUCAUGUCCUCGGACUACUACCUCCACGGCUUCUUCAGCGCCUCCAUCAAGCUGCCCAAGGACUACACGGCCGGCGUCGUCGUCGCCUUCUACCUGUCGAACGGGGACGUGUACGAGAAGACGCACGACGAGCUGGACUUCGAGUUCUUGGGCAGCCGGUGGGGCGGGCAGUGGCGCGUGCAGACCAACGUCUACGGCAACGGCAGCACCAGCCACGGGCGCGAGGAGCGCUACCUCCUUCCCUUCGACCCCACCCUCGAGGCCCACCGCUACUCUGUCCUCUGGGCUCCCACCCACAUCAUCUUCUACAUCGACGGCACGCCGAUCCGGGAGGUGAUCCGGCACCCGGACAUGGGCGGCGACUUCCCGGCGAAGCCGAUGGCGUUGUACGCCACCAUCUGGGACGGCUCCGCGUGGGCCACGGAGGGCGGCAAGUACAAGGUCAACUACAAGUACGCGCCGUUCGCGUCCGAGUUCUCCGACCUCGCCGUCGUCGGCCCCCGCGCCGACCCGGUGCUCCGCGCCCCGCGCGGCGCCGGCGACGACCAGGACCUGCUGGGGCUGAUGACGGCCGACUACGCCGUCAUGACGCCGCAGAAGCGCGCCGCCAUGCGCGCGUUCAGGGCGCGGCACAUGACGUACACGGUGUGCUACGACGCCGUGCGGUAUGCGUCGGGCCCGUUCCCGGAGUGCGACAACUCGGACGAGGAGCGCGAGAACUUCUCGGCCUGGGGCGAGUCCAAGACCGUCGUCAUGAGGCCGCGCGCCCGCGGCCGCCGCCGGGGGCGCAAGGCCGGCGCCGGCGCCAGGGGGCGCGCCGACGUGGCGAGCAGCUGAGAUCGAAAGCAGUUACGAUCGGGUUGCGAAAGCUGUUGGCACGGCGGUGGCAGAUGCAUGAUCAAUUGAUCCGGGACUGUAAUUCGAUUUACCUUUUUGGGGGUGUCCGUUGCAGAUGCAGGUUGUAAAGGUAGGUGUAGGGACUAGUAGGGAUUAAUGCGUUAUGAUUAUUCUUUGAUUCCUUGGGUGGCAGCUAAUAAUAAUUAUAUGAUCGAACUCGUUAACGUUA